AUGAUCAGAUUUGCCACCCGUUUAGUGAGAUAAUUCUCUUCUAAAAUUGUAAACUUCAUUUAUCAUCUUAGGAUGAAAUUAUUGAUAUUGGUAAACCUUCUCUUUCCAAAGGAAUUCUUACUAUAUGUCCAACUCCUAUUGGAAAUUUGUAGGAUUGGACUCCAAGACAAGAUAAGGCACUUUUUGAAGCAGAUGUUAUAGCUUGUGAAGACACUAGAAUAACUGGAUUUCUAAUAAAAAUGAUAAAGAAUAAGAAAUUAUCAAAUGAACAAUUGGCAAUUCCAGAAAAUCCUAAGGAAUAUGAUUUAGAUGAUGAUGAUUUCUCAAUUUAAGAUGUUAUAUUUGAUUCAACCAAAUAACUAUAACUGUAUAUAUAUAUAAAAUAAAUUUUAGUAAAUUACCAGAAUUAAAUCAAUAAGAAAUCACUGCUGCAGAUUUUAAUUUUUAUAAAUAAAAAAAGAUAGAAGAAAUGAAAGAACGUGUUACUUAAGAAGUCAAAAAACAAAAAGAAUAUUUAUCUGAAUAAGACCCAUUAAAUUUUAUGGGUAAAUAAGAUUAUGAAGAAGAAAUGAAUCCAUCUGAAUUUGAAGUAUAUGGAUUAACUGCUCCAUUUAUGGUUUAUCUUAAAACAAAAAUAGCUGUAGCAAAAAAAAGAAAAGGAAGAGGUAUCUUAAUAAGUUGUCAUAAAUUUAAUGAAGAAAAAAGAAUUGAUAGAAUUAUUGCUAUGCUUAAAAUGGGUUUAAAUAUAACAUUAGUUUGUGAUGCAGGAACUCCUGCCAUCUCAGAUCCAGGUUAUUAAUUAGUAAAUAAAUGUAUUGAAAGAAAUGUUAAAAUUGAAGUAAUACCUGGACCUAGUGCUAUAUCUGUUGCAUUAAGCACUUGUGGAUUUCCUACAGAGAAUUUUUCUUUUUUAGGAUUUCUUUCAAAAGAAUAACAUGAUAGAGAUGAAAAUUUAAGAUUUUUUAUAAAAUAACCUCGUACUUUAGUUUUAUUUGAAUCACCAUCAAGAGUUCAUUAAACAUUAUUGACUAUUGAGAAAAUAUUUGGAGAAACAUAAUAAUUAUGGAUAGGAUUUGAAUUAACUAAGAAAUUUGAAAAAAAAAUCAGAGGAAAAUGUAGGGAAGUAUAUGAAAUGUUGACAGAUCCUAAAAUUAUUAGACCAUCUCAUUUAAAAGGAGAAGUAACAAUUAUUAUUGCUCCUUAUACUACUACUUAUAAUGAUGAAUUAAAAGCAGAAUAAUUCUCUACAGGAAACAAAUAAAAUGAAUUUUAUGAAGAAGAAGAAGAAAAUAUUGAAAAUUUAAUUAAAAAUGUUGAGGCUUUACAAGUUGCAUAAGCUUUUGGAGAAAAAUUUCAUGGGACUGAUAGAGAAUUUAAUGAAGUUUUGUAGAAAGCCUUAAGAAUAUCUAAGACAAAGGCUACUAAAUUAAUUGUAGAAGUUAGACAUAUGUAAAGAAUAGAAUAGAAUUUAAAAAAAAUAAAAGAAAGGGUAGGAGAAUAAGAAGAGUAUUUUAAAUGAU